UCCGACCAGUCAGCCAACAGCAAUAAGUAUGAGUUUAUUAUAUUACAUCAUGAAAAUACAUACGCCGUGAAUUUGUACAAUAAAAUUGUGAAGAAAUGGCUUCUAGAAACACUCUUGAUGAAGACACAAAGAAUUAUCUUCGAAUAUUCCCGAUUGUACUUGUUGAAGGAGCAAAGGCACUAAAGUACUUUUUGAGAAAAUGUCUCAAUGAUGAAAAUGAUUUUAAAACGUUCCUUGAUGAAUUUUUUUUUAAAGUAAUUGAAAAAUUGACAAAAGAAUCUGAAAAAUCAGACCCUAUCGAAAACAAUCGGGCAAAACGUGAUAGCUCAUGGUCUAUGAUCCCGACAGCAUUAGAAAGGCGAGAUAAAUGUAAAUAUGAUGCUUCGUCACUGGCAAGUAUUUUAAUAACCUCACAUAUAUAUGCUGAUGAUCUUCAACAUUUCAAGAAAUUUGAAGAUAAAUUCGUUGAUACAAUCACGGAACUGCGACGUAUAUGUAACAGAAUUUGUCAUAAUUUUGAAGAGACCAUGUCUAGCACAGAGUUCAAAUCAAUUGUAGAUGAAGUGAAACAUCACGUAACAUGUCUUGGCUACGGUACAGAAGGAAUCACUGCUUGGGAAGAGAAACAAUUAAUCGAUAGUGAAAACGCCGAGUAUAUUAAAGAUCUGAUCUACGCAUUCAGUGUGACUUCAAUUCCAGAAUAUAGUUCUGCCAAGCUGCAAUCUGGAUCGACUUCUUUUAACUCUACGCACGAUGUAUUUUGUCAAGAACGUAAGGAUGUCGAAAGCUCUCAAAAAGCAAACAGUAUGAUUGAAAGUAAAGCAGCUAAUGAAACUGAGUCGUUACAUGGGGCACGGCCGAAGAAGGCAAUAGAGAAGGUAUAUAUAAAACACAAUACAUACAGGACUAAUAAAUAUAAUCUAUGACUUCCAUAGAUUAAAUGUUUAGAAGUUAAGUUGUCAAAAUUAGCUGAUUUCCCGCAUGUUAAUUUGUUUAUGAAUUUAAUAUCAUAUUCAGGGUAACAUUUGUAGCAUGACAUUAUUGUUACAAUUACCUACACAAUUUAUUAGUGUUAAGUAGUAUUUUUACACAAAAAUUAUAGCAAUCAUGUUAUUGAUGUUUUCAACAACAUUGGUGAGUACAUAAUUAUUGAAAUUUACAUGCUUGACCUUGGACCAAAUAGAUUUAUAAUCAUUAUUAUACAUAGAAUAAGCUAAGGCAUCGAAAUAAAUUAGUUCCUUGUUAGCUUUACAUUGCCUAAGAGCAUAUUUUGUCAUAGAAGAGCUGUAAACUCUUUCUCUAUCAAAAAUGUGUUUUUAAUGUAAAUGAAUAGAGCACGUCAAUAUCUUUAUAAUGAGGGGUCAAUGACUUCAAUCGGACAAUUAUAAUUAAAGUUAUGCUACUUUAAAAUAUAUAAAAAAAAAGGGCUUUAAAAGUACAAGUAAAAAUUGAAGGAAAUCACAGCAAUAGUCAAAGAAAAACAACACAGUUCCCAUUGAGCUAUUGUGAUGAAAUUGUCAAUGGUUGCUAAAAAUAGGUUGGGGAACAGCAUUAUUUUAUUUUCAAGUCGAUAAUCCCGGGGGUUAAUUAUUGAUACCCCGGGGAAGAAAUUGGUUAUACUUUCAUAAAGCUGAAGCAUCCACUUACUGACUAUGGUGCCCCACCAUAGUCAGUAUUUAGUAGGCAAAAAAGGUGUUUCAUUCAUCAAGCCUUGAUAC